AUGACUUUGAGAGGGCACAUAAAUCCGGACCAGGUCUACACCUUUGUGUAUGUUCCAUUUGAAGUACCCAUUGGUGCGACAUCUCUCUACGUCCUUCAAAACUACACGCAAAGAGGCCAGGGAAACGCAUUGGAUCUCGGUAUCUUCGACCCCCGUGGCUACAACAUUGCCGAUGGCCAGAACGGCACGACCGGAUUUCGAGGCUGGUCCGGCGGAUUCAGAAACAACUUUACCAUUUCUCCAGCGGGUGCUACGCCUGGAUACAUUGCUGGGGCCCUUUGGCCGGGCGAAUGGAAUGUCAUCCUGGGUCCUUACACCUCUACCCCUGCUGGUAUCGAUUAUGAACUGAACGUAACGAUUGGCUUUGAGCCAGUCACAUCCUACUUCGAAUCCGCCUUCUCAAGCGACAGGGUCGGCCCCGGCGACGAUGAGGACUUCGACAUGAACAGAGGAGCGUGGUAUCGUGGAGACUUUCAUCUGCACACCUAUCACUCGGACGGCAGGUACUCACCGGAGGAGAUCGUGGCGUACGCUCAGCGGCGGGAACUAGAUUUCUUCUUCAGCACCGACCACAACACUCAGUCAUCCAACCUGAUCUGGGGAGCUGUCGCUCCACCCGACCUGCUGAUCGGCCGCGGUAUCGAGGUGACUACUCGCCAUGGCCACUGGAAUGCCUUCGGCCUCAACUGGUGGCAGUGGACAGACUUCCGGUAUCAUCCGGAAGACGAACCAGGCCUCAGGGAGACGAAGCAGCAAGUCCGCAAAAGUGGCGGAGUCGUCUCGAUCAACCAUCCGUUUGCCGCAUGCGGUGCGUGCAAUUGGACUCUCAGCUACGAUGACUGGGACGCGAUCGAGGUCUGGAACGGGCAGUGGGACAGGACGGACGAACUGGCAGUCUCGAAGUGGCAGGAAAUGCUGGCCAACGGCUAUCACAUUACGGCCAUCGGUGGAAGUGACGCGCAUCGCGAUCCCGAUGUUGUUGCCUUGCCGACUACAGUAGUGAGAGCUGAGAGUCUGGCCACGGCUGAUAUACUGGAUGGUGUACGCAGGCGACGAGCAUAUGUUGUGCGUGAUCCCGACAUGGAGAUCCACUUGUCUGUCAGCACACACGGCCACCGGCAAACCCAGAUUGGAGACAGUGUAGACGCUAAAGGAGGCGCAAGAGCAGUGCUGCGGACUGAAGGUUUGGAUGGAGGUCAAGCCUCUUUUGUCUCUCAGAAGGGCAUUGUACACCAGGAGAACAUCCGAGGCGGCGGCGAUAUCGAAUAUCAACUGCCGGAUGCGGACUGGAUCAGGGUGGAGGUUCGCAACGGAACGGGAUCCAUGUUGGGCUUGACCAACCCGAUCUUCCUUAGAUAG